UAUCACAAUGAAUCUGGAACACAAUUGGUUGAAAUCUAGUCACAAACAAUAUAUGUUUUUGUUUUUUUAAGAAACUGCGCAUGGCAACUGGCGGCAGUUGCGCGGUUUUAUGGAGGAUGCAGUGAGUUAACACGGAGAUGGUCAACGAAACCGGACAAACACCAUCGUCAUCCGCGGGUACCACACAUCUCAUCCUGCAGACAUUUACAUUUCUGCGAACUAAACACAAUCACAUCCGUAGGCUAUUUCUGAGUCCGGUGUAAUGGAGGGUGAAAGGCAUGUGUCGGAUUUAACAGAAUAUUUUUGCGCAAAGGAACUUUUCACAGAAAUGUCCAUUCACUGACCAUUCCAGGUCUUCAACUUAAAGAUCUCUACUCGGCAUACAAAAGGAGGGCCGCGCAGAGGUAGGACUCCGCCGCAGAUUCUGGCUGGCUCCGGUUACUGCAAGUGGUUUAACGUCCGCAUGGGGUUCGGAUUUAUAUCGAUGACCAGCAGCGAGGGGAAACCAGUUGACCCCCCACUGGACGUGUUCGUGCACCAAAGUAAGCUGGUGAUGGAGGGCUUCAGGAGCUUACGGGAGGGCGAGCAGGUGGAAUUCACCUACAAGAGGUCGAGUAAAGGUCUGGAGUCGCUCAGGGUCACGGGGCCCGGCGGGGGCCCCUGCUCCGGCAGCGACCGACGCCCUAAAGGGAAGGUCCCGCCCCCCAAGCGCAAACCAAAGGGAGAUCGGUGUUACAACUGUGGUGGUCUGGACCAUCAUGCUAAAGAGUGUGGCCUUCCCCCUCAGCCAAAGAGAUGUCAUCGCUGUCAGAGUGUCACACACAUGGUGGCCCAGUGUCCCCACAAGAGGGCGCUGUCUCCCUCCACGUCUCAGGACUCCCACCGUCCCACCACCUCUGCUCAGUCCCAGGAAGAGGAGAGCCGGUCGGGCUCGUCCCCGCAGGAGGGCCCCUCGUCCUCUCCGGAGGAAGCGAGUCAGUGCGGCGCUCACUCUCAGCGCUGGAGGAAGAGCCGGGACUGAGAGGAAUCUCUCCACCGAGCCCUCGCGUCUGACAGGUUCCCUUUGGCUUUCACCUCAUCUCGACGGAGCCCGGAGCCAAAAAUCAACUACCUCACAUGCCCGGGUCACCAAGGAGACCCUCCCUCCUGUGCAGCUAUGGUAUCAGUCGAUGGGGAUUACACGCCGGCGUGUUUGUUUUCAAUGAGCAAUCACAGCAACCUCUGAGAUGUGUGAGUGUUUGAUGCGAUGCAACGGUAAAUAUAUCAAAUAUGGAGCAUGGAAGAAAAUCGUCAAGCAGUAUUUUUUCAGUCAGUACGUUUUAUACUUGCAUCUGCUGUUGAGGUUCAGACACAAUUACAAAAUUACAAGAACUCUUUUUAAUCAGGGUCCUGGCCAAAAUUCACAGGUCCCGGGACAAAAUCUUUCUCUUCAUCACAGAAGACUUUAACGGCCCCUCUUAUCACAACAAUGACCCUGAUGACAACAUUCAUUUCUUUAAAUUGCUUUACAAAUCAAAUCAAAUAAGCGACUUCUAACUCGGACAAUAAUUUGUCCACUCACAUGACAGGAUUGAUUUUUUGUGGCAAGAAUUGCUGUGACAUUACAAACGAUUUUAACACCCCAUUGAGGUUUUGACCUCAGUUGUCGCACCCGCUAAUAUGAAGUUUCCAAUCUAAAGUGUUUGCGUUUGUGCAGGUUGUUUUGUUGAAUGAUGAAGAGUUAGAGAUCAGACUGUUAGUUAACCAUCUGUAAAUAGGACCGAAGACAUAAAUCUGAAGAUCAGAAUGACAAGUUAAGCAACGUUUUGCAGACUUUUAUCCGGCUGAUGAUAAUAUGAGGCAUUUAUAGAUGAUGUUGAAGAAUUGAUCAUACAGGCCGUGUAGGUCGAUGAAGUUGAUGUUGUAUGGUGGCAUUUCGGUUUGAUUUCGCCCCGUUCUCAUGCAUUCAAGUUUAAAAUCUCAAAUUAUAGGGAGAGGAAUUGUGCAGUGUUUACACGGUGGCAUUAUCGUAAAUGCAAAAUUGGACGAAAACUGAAAGAAGCAUUAAGAGUUAAAGAUAUUGAGUUGUUGAUUUUGGCACUUAGUUGUCAUGCAGAUUGAAGCACACUUUUAUAUGAGAUGCAUUCCUUUCAAUGCUUAAAGGGAUAGUGCACCCAAAAAUUAAACAUUCUGACAUGCAUUAUCCCCCCCAAGAUCCUUGGCACACUAAAUAUUAAAGGGAUACUCCACCCGAAUAUGAAAAUCCUGUCAUAACUAACUCACCCUCAAGUUGUUCCAAACCUGUAUACAUUUCUUUGUUCUGUUAAACGGAAAGAAAGAUAUUUGGAAGAAUGUCAGCAGCUGACAUUUCUGGGACAUCGUUGUCAAAAAGGUAGUCAAAGGUGCGCUAUAACUGUUUGCUUUCCUAGAUUCUUCACAAUAUGUGUUUAACAGAACAAAAAUCAUGUUGCCAUUAUUUUUUCUACAAUGGAAGUCAAUGGUGUCCCAGAAAUGUCAGUCGCUUACAUGCUUCUAAAUAUCUCUCUUUGUGUGUUUUUGGGUGGAGUAUCCCUUUAAUAUUUAGUUUGCCAGCUCAGACAUUCAGGGCAUUAAAGAAUCAUUUGGGUUUUAGUAUUUAAAUGUUUUAAAAGGUGAUUUAAAGUUAAAGAGUUGGAGGUUGUGGCUUUUAGUUUGCCGGUUUGCUUGGAGGUAUUUUAAGGUAGCAUGGUCCUAAAACUUGCCUUUUAGUGAAUGUACAAUUGACUAUUGGUCUAUUGUGGAAAAACUAACCCAGAAUAUUAAUACCUAUCUUGAUAAGCAGAUUUGUGUCUUACAUUUUUAGAGAGCUAAAUCAUACCCUGACAAACUGUUAAUUUGCAUUCGCAAUCAUAUUAUUGCCAGUUAAUACUAAAAGUGAAAUUUGGUGUUGUUUAGAUUUUGGAGUGAAUCCUCUAAGAUGGGUAAGAUCACUUCUGCCUCCAUCUAGAGUAUUAUCACACAUCAUAUGUUUUCUGGUUGGUGACCGAUGUGGUGUGGUUUCACACACCUGCGUGUUUUUCUCCGUCAGCCGAAUGUUUAUCAUCUCUAUCAGCCGAUGAAUGUUUAUCUUUCAAAGCCUUAGUGAGUUGUAUCUGAUGCUCUGCCGCUGGUGGAGAUCUGGAUGAUCUAACAGGUGUAUUAUAACAGUUAAACCGCUGGAGAUUUAUCUACUACAAUCAUCUACUGGAUAUAAGCGAAGGAACAGAAGUGCACUUGAUAAACAGCGUUGUUAGAAAACAUGGUUUACACGUUGUACUGUUAACUGCCCAUAAUAUCCGUUAAUUCAUCAUUUUUGCCCUUCGUUGUGUGAAAGAAGCUUCAGAAAUCCACAGAUUUUUCAGUGUCAUAGAGCAGCGUUUAACAUCCCAGCACACAUCUGUAUCAUCUCUUUGAUUUUGUUGUAUUCAUUGAGUCCUUAUUUGGGGUAGUCAUGUGCUUUUUUAAAUUGGUGAUGAAGUAUAAAUCCGAUUUCAUUGUGAGAUUCACUUUUUAUAAAUCUGGACUUGGCUCUCGUGAGCAAAGAAGUUUAGUGUAACAGCUCUUACGCUCAUUACGCUAUAAAUCAACAUCACAGAGAUGUAUUGCUUGUUCUCUGAACAGUGAAAGGCAAACAAAACAAUCUGACGAUACUGAAUGUGGAAAUCUCGCUCCGCUUAAAGCAACACAGCGGUUCCUGGCCGUUGACUGGAUGGAACUUUGUGGUCCCUGUGAUUUGACAAAUCAAUCGGCUGGUGUCACAUGGUUUAUCGGAGGGCGUUCGUGUCAUCUGUGUGUGUUUUGGUAUAAAUGUUUAUACCAAAGACUGUACUGGAGGCAUCAGAGGUGUUUGAUCCGUUCUCUUGAUACCUACACUUGAAACAGGAGAGGAACUGUCGUAAAGUUCAGCGCUCGUGCUGUGAAACAGCCCUAUGAAUGUGUGUGUGUGCAUCGUAUUUAAUCGACCGAGCGCACAGACGAAAAAAUCUUUGAGAGAAAGAAACUGACCAAAUGACAGAAAUAGCACAGUCUCGAAUCCCAAACCUCAUACGGCGACAAUAGAUUUAUACACAUUGUAUUUUUAUACAUUUCUACCCACAAUUCUUCUCAGGAUGAAUUUCUCUCAGGGAAUGAACCAAAUAAGUGUAUUCGAUGUUAUUUCUGUUUAUUAACAUUUAACUGAAUCUAUUUACUGUUAGUUAUAAACUCACUGACACGUUCUGGUAUAUUAGCACUACCUCUUUUAGUUCCAUGUAAACGAAAGUUUUCUGUUUUGGUGUUUUUUUGUUGUUUUGUUUCGUUCCCCCAGAAGCUUAACCGAGUGUUUAGUUCUCAGUUUUACAGUAAUAAUUUGCUUUUUGUUUUGUUUACAGCAGACAUCUACCUCAUUUUCGUUCAUCUCCAGUUAAACUCAUUCUGGUCCAUUUGCUGGUCUGGGGUCAGUGUGUGUUUUAUUUUUUUAUUCUUAAGGUGGAAAAUUGACGUCAUAUUUUCCUCUCUUUUUAGACUAACUCCGAUUCAAAAUACGUGUUUUUUUUCUUGACCGAUGUUACUCGUUUCAUGUCAAUAUCUGCGGUUAGCUUUUUGAGCUGAAGGAUUAUAGUGUUACACAAAAUAACACGCUAAACUAUAUGACGGCUUUCUAAGAGGGGUGUUAAGAGAGAUAUUUGUUUUUUAGACGUGUGCCUUUUAUUUCUUUAAGCUUAGACGUUUUACUGGGAGGCCGACAGUGUCUUUUUAUUUUGUGGCAUUAAUAUAUAACAUCAGUACUUAAGGACUUAAAUACAUUGGCAUUGUAAAAAUGCAAAGUGGAAUGUGGUGUUGUAACUACUGAUUCAAUGCUUUUUGACGCAGGUCUGUCUCAAAUCAGGAAAAUAACUGGAUGUAUUUCUGCCAGACGUAAGAGCUAAUAUGAGUUUCUGAGCAGAUCUUUAACCGUGUACGUGCUCAAAAUCGUGUGGUUUCUCUUGCCACACUUUCAGUAUUGAAUGUAUGAAACUGACCAAAGCCCAGGACUGAUCAAAAAAUUUAAUGAAAAUCAUUAGUAGUAUUGAAAAGCCUUGAUUGUUAUUAUUAUACUUCAUUACUAAUGACUCUAGUCACUGCAGUCUUAAUAAAUCCUGUCAUCCCAUGAGAACUGUAUGUUGAAAAUGACUGUAAUUCAUAUGAAAGUAUGUUGUAUUGAACAUUUAUAGUGGCUUGUGAGAGAAGGGAAAUAGGAAUACACAUAUUUCAGUAUGAUGGUAGACCAUGCAGUGGCUCUUUGUUAUUAACCCUUCAUGUUGUAUUUUUAGUUUCUCGUCUCAGUUUUGCUGUUCAGAAUGGUCAGUAAUUUCUGCCUAGACUAUUUCAUGGAAGCACUGAUCGCCUCUUAUGAUAUUAUUUGAAGUGCAUAUCACUCAUUGUAACCACAUUUAUAUGCAUUUUGCCUUUUUGUCUGUGAAUGUAGGACAAGUAACUGUUUUACUUGAUUGACAUUAA